AUGAUAUUACCUCUUGACUUCGAAGCCUACAAAUCAUCUGAGAAUGUGCCUGACCAACGGUUUCAUGUUGGUAGUCUAUGUGGCUAUAAUCUUAAAGGAUACAGUGGUGCAAAAAGUGUGACAACGUUAGAGAUUCUUCCGCCACCUCCACCAACUAGGGAUUAUACUUCAAAUCCUUGGCCAAAAUGGCCACACGUCUGGCGAGUUGACUAUGGAUACGAAGAAGUUAAACUUCAUUUUGGCAGAGAUCCACGUAAUUUCAACGUCGUCACUAAAGAAUUUGUCGGUAAUAAGGAGGACAAAGUAACAGUGUUGUGUGACCUUUUAAGCGGCUUUCAUGAGAACCCUCCGCACUCCGCACUGGCGUUCUCACCCCCCUUGACCCUUGUGCUGGGAAUGUUGAUCAGAGUCUGCCCUAUUGUUACGCAGUCCUCCUUUAAUAGAUCUUAUCAGAAUCUUCCUCUUGCCCCGUAG